UGUAAUUCACUUAGAACAAAAUAUCUAUUGAGGGAGAAAUAAACGGAGCAAAACAGCAACGAUCCAGCGGCGGGUAUUUUGAAAAUGUUAAACGGAAUAAGCGAGUCCGGCAGUGAUGUCGUGGGUAGCUUCAUAUCCCAACUACAGGCUCUCCAAAAUAGAGUGAAGGAAUUAGAGGCUGAGAAUUCAAAGCUAUCUUCUCAAAUCUCCAAAUGUUGUUGCCAUAAGACAGAGGAGAUGCAAAAUGGUUCUGAUGUUGAAAGCUUUAAACAGGGUGUGGAAAGUCAGAGAAAAAACGCUGGAGGUGAUAAGACCAGAAAAAAGAAAACAAUAGAAAGAAAUCCAGGUUAUGAUUUGAAAAUUAUGACUCACCAUUCCAAGAGAUAUGUUGCUUUAAAAGUCAUGUAUUUUGGUCAGAGGUUUUAUGGUUUUGCUUCAGAAGCACAAAUGGAUCCCACUGUUGAGUCUGAAAUUUUCAAAGCACUUGAGAAAACAAGGCUUUUAGUUGGUGACAAGAAGGAAUCACAGUACUCAAGGUGUGGCAGAACAGAUAAGGGGGUGUCCUCUGUUGGCCAAGUGAUUGCAUUGUUUUUAAGGUCAAACCUCAAAGAAACUGAUGGAAACCACAAAAUUUCAGGAGAAUUAAUUCCUGAGGCACAAAUUGAAGGAGAAAUUGAUUAUGUCAGAGUACUGAACCGAGUCCUUCCAAGUGAUAUUCGAAUUUUAGGAUGGAGUCCUGUUUCAAUUGAUUUCAGUGCAAGGUUUAGUUGUUUGGCUAGAGAAUAUAAGUACUUCUUUUGGAGAGGAAAUUUGAAUCUCUCCGCUAUGGAGAAUGCAGGAAAGAAAUUUCUUGGAGAACAUGACUUCAGAAACUUUUGUAAGAUGGAUGCAGCAAAUGUACACAACUACAGGCGUCGUAUUACACAGUUUGAAAUUUCUUCUUCUAAUAUGAGCUUUGAAGGCGGUCAGCUUUGUGCUAUUAAAGUUAAAGGUAGUGCCUUCCUGUGGCAUCAGGUGCGGUGCAUGGUUGCUGUGCUAUUUAUGAUAGGCCAAGGUCUUGAAUCAGUUGAUGUGAUAGAUAUAUUACUGGACAUUGAGAAGACACCGAGAAAACCUCAGUAUGCCAUGGCUCCAGAGACUCCAUUGAUCCUUCAAUCCUGUGAAUUCGAAGAUGUCAAGUUUAUUUGCUCCUCAGAUUCUGGGCAAGCACUUCGUAUACACUUGGAAAAUGAGGGUCGAGCAUACCUGCUUCAGUCUGCAAUUUUUCAAGAAGCUGCUCUGAGUUGCUUGCCUUUAGCAAAAGACCAGAGCUUAUUGAAUGAUGGAACAAUCAAGAAGGUCACUUCCCAUAUUUCUCUCUUGUCUCGGCCAACUGAGCCAUCAUACGAAGAACGACGUGGCAAACUGAAUUCAAGAAGAUGAAAAUGGAAAAGCAUUUUGGCUAAUCAUGUGGAGUUGAAGCCCUGCAUUGUCAACUCAGGUACCCUUCCCAGUUCACAUGGAAGUUUUGUACGUGUAUUAAUGAAAUGAGUGGAGACUUUAUAGUUUUAGUUGUCUGUACUUGUGUCAGGGAAUAUCUUAUUUUACAGAUGAGUGAAUUUUGGUCGUUAUAUAGCUUUUCCUAUUGAGUUAUUUUAUCGAAUAAGCGUGCAUGUAUGCAUAUACACGCUCGUGUUUAGAUGCAUGUGUACUCAACGUCUUCAAUUGAUCAUUAUCUUAAUAGAUUUACCUUGGCUCCAUAACCAUUGAAAUA